UUUUUUCAGAGAGAGUGUCUAACAUUACACGUGGGCCAAGCAGGCGUGCAGAUUGGCAACUCGACAUGGGAAUUGUAUUGCUUGGAGCAUGGCAUCGCCCCAGACGGCAAACUGAAGGAUGAGGCCAAGGCUUUUGGCGACAACUGCUACACCACUUUCUUUAGCGAAAACAGCAAUGGUUCCAUUGUACCCAGGAGCAUUAUGGUUGAUUUGGAACCAACUGUGAUCGAUGAAGUCCGUUCAGGCCCGUACAAAAAAUUAUACCACCCCGACCAACUGAUUUCUGGCAAAGAGGACGCGGCAAACAAUUAUGCCCGUGGGCAUUAUUCGAUCGGAAGUGAAAUUAUUGAUACAGUAGCAGACAGAAUCCGAAAACUUGCAGACCAAUGUUCUGGUUUGCAAGGCUUCUUCGUCUUCCAUUCCUUUGGAGGAGGAACUGGCUCUGGAUUUUCCUCACUGCUGAUGCAACAUAUCUACAGCGAUUAUUCGAAGAAGUGCAAGCUCGAAUUUGCGGUCUACCCAGCUCCUCAAGUGUCCACAGCCGUUGUGGAACCCUACAACUCCAUACUAACAUCCCAUUCGACCAUGAACUAUACCGAUGUUGUCUUCAUGGUAGACAAUGAAGCAAUAUACGACAUUUGUCGAACAAAACUCAACAUAGAACGACCAACAUAUUGCAACUUAAAUCGACUUGUCAGUCAAGUCGUUUCAUCCAUAACAGCUUCUCUUAGAUUCGACGGAGCUUUGAACGUAGAUCUGGCUGAAUUCCAGACGAAUUUAGUUCCUUAUCCCAGGAUUCAUUUUCCAUUGGCUUCAUAUGCUCCUGUAGUUUCAGUUGAUAAGGCUUAUCAUGAGGGGAUGAGUGUGGCUGAGAUCACGUCGGAAUUAUUUGAACCAUCGAAUCAGAUGGUGAAAUGUGAUCCGAGAAUGGGAAAGUAUAUGGCGUGCUGUAUGCUCUAUCGGGGUGACGUCGUGCCGAAGGACGUAAAUGCGGCAAUUGCCAUUAUGAAAAAUAAAAGAAGUAUCAGAUUCGUCGAUUGGUGUCCAACUGGAUUCAAAGUCGGGAUCAACUACCAACCGCCGACGGCCGUCCCAGAAGGAGAUCUUGCCAAAGUCCAACGCGCCGUCUCGAUGUUGUCCAACACCACAGCGAUCCAGAACGCCUGGGAACGUCUAGGCCACAAAUUCGAUCUGAUGUAUUCCAAAAGAGCAUUUGUACAUUGGUUCGUAACCGAAGGAAUGGACGAAGGUGAAUUUGGAGAGGCCAGAAGUGAUAUAGCAACUCUAGAACGAGAUUACGAAGAGGUUGCUGAAGACACGAUAACCGAUGAUGUCAAGUUAUAUUCCAAUUCACAAUCUGAACUUUAA